CUUCUACAGGUGUGCCAGGACAGGUGCGCCACGCCAGUUCGAUUCCCUCUCACACACUCAGGUGUGGGAGAUUAACCUGUGUUACCUUUGCUUACCUCAUUAAUUAAAGGUGUCGAAGGGGAGACUUAGGCAGCUUGAGGAGGUUGCCCGCUAACAUUUCCACGCACGUUCAAAGAAAAUGGGGAGAGAGAACACGACGAGCGACGACUGGAACUACACACUCCCAAACCUGAUGGAGGUGCUGCUGGAGGCGGGGAGUGGGCAGGGGCACGGCGGGGGGGGCGGGGGCGGGAGCGGCAACCCAAUACUCCAGGACCCCAGCAAGGAACCGCCCCCAACCACCACUCUUUGGGGUACACCACUUACCCCAACCCCACCGCCAACCCCAACCACCCCCACGCCCUCCACCACCACCACGACCCCCCCACCCAUCAACAAACCCAUUUUCCCAUUGAACUUCACCCUCAGAACCACUAUAGGGACGUUACUAAGAUCAAGACCGAACCUCACCGUCUUAGAACCCUUUACGGCAGGAAGUGGGACGCCCCUGGAACUCGAGGCAAGUCCGGGCGCGCUAGGAAUGCUCGGGCCGUCCUCUGAGUUGGUCCUGGCGGCUGGGAAUGCUGGGAAUGACUCGUUGGUCAGCCUGGACGAUUCCUUCUGGCUGAGUGGCGGGAAUGAGUCAUGGAAUGUGACGAGGUUGCUGUACGGAAAUGAGACGAGUGAUGGACCGCUGGUGGACACGGCCGGCAUGGUGGUGACCUCGGUUAUACUUGGGGUCAUGAUCCUCACUACCGUCAUUGGUAACGUGUUCGUGAUCGCCGCCAUCCUGCUGGAGCGGAAUCUGCAGCAGGUCGCCAAUUUCCUCAUCGUGUCCCUGGCUGUGGCGGACCUCAUGGUAGCCUGCCUCGUCAUGCCCCUGGGAGCAGUGUACGAGAUCAGCCGGGAGUGGAUUCUCGGGCCUGAGCUCUGUGACAUGUGGACAUCCAGUGACGUCCUCUGUUGCACUGCCUCCAUCCUACACCUGGUGGCCAUCGCGCUAGACAGGUACUGGGCCGUCACGCAAGUUGACUACAUACACUCUCGCAACGGCACACGCAUCGGGCUUAUGAUUCUGAUGGUGUGGCUGACGGCGGUGGUGGUCUCAAUCGCCCCUCUCUUCGGCUGGAAAGAUCCCGAUUUCCUAGUGAGGGUUAACGAGCACAAGAAGUGUCUAGUGUCCCAGGAUCUCGCUUACCAGGUGUUCGCGACCAUGGCCACCUUCUACGUCCCCCUCACAGCCAUUCUGAUCCUCUACUGGAAGAUCUUUCAGGCCGCGCGGAAGAGGAUUCACAAAAGCAAGUUCGGCGGCAAGGAGGCGAAGCAGAAAAAGAAUAUCAACAAGGGAAAGAACAAAGGCGCAAAAGAACCCACCACCGCCGCCACCACGACAGCACCAACAGCACCAGCGGCGGCGGCGUCAGGAACCUCAGGAGCGCCACCCUCAGCAGCGGGGGGGUCUGGGGGGGCGGCGGGAGGGGGGGACCACAAGACUACCAUAAGACCCAACGGCGUGGCGGACCAUCAGCAGACCACGGCCUUUACAACGGUGGCUAGUGGAGCGUCGCCUGAUAAGUCCUCAAACAACGGCGCUCUCUCGGUCUGUUCCCACGUGUCCGAAGUGUCCAGACUCGAAAUGCUACCGAAGGAGGCGCCGAAGAAGUCCAAGAAGGAAACCCUGGAGGCGAAGAGGGAGAAGAAGGCCGCUAAAACCCUCGCCAUCAUCACGGGAGCCUUCGUCAUCUGUUGGCUGCCCUUCUUCGUCACCGCUCUUCUAAUGCCCAUCUGCCCCGCCUGUUACUUCUCCGAUGUCAUGUUCUCCAUCUUCCUCUGGCUCGGGUACUUCAACUCCACCCUCAACCCCAUCAUCUACACCAUCUUCAGCCCGGAGUUCCGCGAGGCGUUCAAAAGGAUACUCUUCGGCAGGAAAAACCAGCGUUAUCGACCCGGGAAGAUACGAUAAAGAUAGGUAAAAGAAGAAGGGAGUUGUAGAAGAUGGGGUGAUUUUUAUGCAUUCAUUCACUCAUGUUGUCCUGACCAUCAUCCUCCAUCCCUUCCUUUAUUCCUUCUUCUUUCCUUCGUUUCGUAUAUGAAGGAGAGAAGUACCAUUGUCAUCCUUCAUUCCUUUCUUCCUUUCCUUCCUUCGUUUGGUAACAGAAGAGAAGGAAAAAUCAUUGUCAUCCCUUCUUCCCUCCUUCCAUCCUUCCUUCCUUCCUUCCUCUCAUUGUCUGGUAAAGGAAGAGAAGGAAGAAAAGGAACAUUGUCAAUCGUUCCUCCUCCUUCUCCUUCCCUUCUUCCUCCUCCUCCUCGUCCUCCUCCUCCCCCCAUCCUCAUUCGUGCUGCUAGUGAUAAGGAAGAUAGUAAUAAAAAAGAAGAUAGUUAGCAUGUAGUGUUUGUUUAUAUCUUAAGGAAAACUGAUAAAGACGUGUGUGUGUGUGUGUGUGUGUGUGUGUGUGUGUGUGUGUUUGGAUAAAGGGUAAAGACAGUGGAAAUGAGGAAAAAUAAAAGUGAUAAAGAUAGGAUAGACAAUUGAAGGGAGAGAAAAGUUUAAGAUAGCAAUGAAAAGACCACUAAUUAUUGGAAGGAAAGGAAAGAAAAGAAAGAGAAAGAAAUGUGAAAGAAAAAUAGAGAAGAAGGUUAUAUGUGAAAGAAGCUUGUGAUGAAAAGAUGAUAAUAGAGGAAGUAAGGAAAAAAUGAAAGAAAAGAAGAAAAAUGGAAAAGGAGAGAAAGUGAUGAUUAUGAGGGAAAAAGGAUAAAAGGAAGAGAAAAUUUAUAAGAGAAGAAAAAAAGAAGUAAAAGAGAAGCUGAUGAUUGUGAAGGCAGGACCGUAGAACACAGGACAGUACAAGUGUGUUCUGUGUGUUGGGAAAAAUUUGUGUUGUGUUUUGUGAGAAUUGUUUUGAUGAGGACGAAAGCAGAACUGUAAGGAAGAGAAAAAUAAACGAGAGGAAAAUAAAAUAGUAAGUAGAUAAAAAUAAAGGAGAGGAAAAUCAAAUAAUAAGUAAAUAAAAACAAACAAAAAAAAGGAAGAAAAAAUAACGAAAAAUACAAAUAGCAACUCAGGAAAACAUCGAGUGAAAACAAAUAGAAAAUAAGGAGAAAAAACGAGUGAAAAAAAAAUAAGGAAUGAGAAGAAAACGAGAAAAAUUGAAAUACGUAGUAAAUAAGAAGAAAAGGGAAGUAACGGUAAAAAACAGUAGUAAAUGAUAUGAUAAAAACAACUUAUAUAGACGUAUGAAUGUGAACUAAAGACAAAACAAAAAAUAUAAAAAAUAAAGAAAGAAACGAAAAAGAAAGAAAAUCAAUAAAUGUAUAACCUGAGAAAGAAACAAAGAAAAAACAAGAAAAAAAGUUAUAUGCAAACAUUCAAAAACGUUCUGACAGAUUCAAAGCGAGUGAGAAAAAGUGAAAGAAAGUGAGAGAGUGAGAAAGAGAGAGAGAGCGGUUUGGCGUGAUAGAGUGACCUGUUGACGCUUGCUGACGGCCGCUGACUCGCUAACAAGAAGAAGAAGAAGAAGAAGAAGAAGAAGGAGGAGGAGGAGGAAAAGUUGAAAGUUAAGGAAAAAGUUUAUGAAAGAGACGCUCGAGAAAGUAGUGUUGCCAACCGGGCGAACGAAAGAUUAAAAAGAAAGAAAACAAUUUGAAAUGAUGAUGGAAGGACAGCUGGAGAGAAAGGAAGACACAGGUUAAAAGAGAUAACUGAGGAAAGAAAGAAAAAGAAAGCAAUAUAGAAAAGAAAAUGCUGGAAAAGAAGGAAAAACUAAGACGGGAAACGGAAAAUGAUGAUUGAAAGACAAAUAGAGAGAAAGGAAGACACGAGUUAAAAGAGAUAACUGAGGAAAGAAAGAAAAAGAAAGCAAUACAGAAAAGAAGAUGCUGGAAAAGAAGGAAAAACUAAAACGGGAAACGGAAAAUGAUGAUAGAAAGACAAAUAGAGAGAAAGGAAGACACGUGUUGAAAGGGAUAAAAUGGGAAAAGAAGGAGAACAAAAGAAAGCAAAAGGAAAAGGAAAAAGACAAAAAAAGGAAUAAUAAAAUUUGGAACGGCUAAGAAAAGGGAAAAAAAAGAGUUAGAAAGGAAAAUGAUGAUAGAAGGACAGCGGGAGAGAAAGGAAGACACUUGUUAAAAGAGAGAAGUGGGGGAAGAAAGAGAAGAAAAAGAAAGCAAUAUGGAAAGGAAUAUGCUCAAAGGAAAAAAAGUAGAAAGUAUAAAAUAGAGGAAUUGGAAAGGAAAAUGAUGAUAGAAAAGCAGAGAGAAAAAGUGACAUGUCUAUAAAGAGAGAACUAGGGAAAGGGAAGAAAAAAAAAAGGAAAAUGGUGUUUGAAGAAUGGAGCUUAUGGUUAAAAGGAUAUGGAAGGAAAAGAAUAAUAGGAACCAACAAAUGAGGAAAAAGAAAACUGGGAAAAGAAACUCACUACAAAGACAAGAAGAAAAGAAAAGUGUGAGGUUGGUCAAUCAUAUGGAAAGGGAAAUGAAAGUGGAAAAGAAAGAGGAAAUAGCUAAAAAGAUAAUUAGAGAAAGAAAGUACGAAAGAAAAGGAGGAAAGAAUAGGAAAAGGAAGAGUAUAAAAUGCUAAUGGGAAACUGAACCAAUUGUGGGAUAAUUUGAAAGGCCAUUAGUGUGUGUGUGUUUGUUUGUUUGUUUGGAUUGGAGAGUGCAUUCAGAGUGCGAGAGAGAAACACAAACAAUGUAACAAACAAACAGUGAUGGCGGACUGAAAAGGAAGAAAGAUUGUGUGCAACGAUAAAAUGAUGCAAAAAAACAAUAAGUGGAAGGCAAACAUUAGUAGUGACCUUGAUGUUGAAUUGUAGGAAAAGAAAGACAAAGAUAGAUAGUGAUGAUAUGCGAAAAGAAAAGAGAGAAACAAGAUAAAUAAUGACUAUGUGUGGAAAGAUGAAGGAGAGAAAAAUAAAUGGCAGAUUGUAAUAUUAGUGAAAAGUGAUGAUUAUGGAAGAAGCAAAAUGGGAGAGAGAAGAGAAAUUUGUCAAAAAAAAUAGAAGGUAGGAAAUGUGUGGGAAAAGAUAGCAUGAAAAAAUUUAAAGAUAGUGAUAGAUUGUAAUACUAGUGAAAAGUUAUGAUUAUGGAAGAAGCAAAAAAAGGAGAGAGAAGAGAAAUUUGAUAAAAAAAAAUAGAAGGCAGGGAAUGUAUGGGAACGAUAGCAUGAAAGAAAUUUAAAGAUAGUGAUAGAUUGUAAUACUAGUGAAAAAUGAUGAUUAUGGAAGAAGCUAAAAAGGAAAGAAGAGAAAUUUAUUAAAAAAGAAAACUGAGAAGGUAGGAAAUGUAGGGGAAAAGAUAGCAUGAAAAAAAUGAAAGAUAGUAUUUGUGAAAAAAAAAGAUUAUGGAAGAAAUAAAGAGAGAAGUAAGAAAGAAAAGAAGAUAGAGAAGAUAUGAAAUGUUAAACGAGUGAUGAUUUAAACCAGACUACGAAAUAUAAUAAAAAGAAGUAAAGAAAAUGAAAACAAUAAAAGGAUGUGAGAUGGAAGUUAAGAAAAGAAAUGAGAGCAUCAGAGAGGUAAGAUAGGACUCUCAGAACGAGUGUGAACCUUGACAAAAAAAAAAUAAGAAAAGAAACUGAAAAAAGAGAGAAAAUGGUGUGCGAGAGGAGGAAAGAAAGUGAGAUAGCGUGCAAAUUAUCUUGACUUAGAACUUAACGAAAAAAAGAAAAAAAAAGAAAUAUGUGACAUUGUAAACUUUAAGAAAUCAAAGAAGAAAAAACGAAAAACAAAAAAUGAGAAAUAAAGAAAAAAGGAAUGUUACAAUGCAAACUUGACUAACAAAUUAAAAGAAAAAAGAAAGGCAACAGAAAAAGAGAGAAAGGAAAUAUGUGACAAUAUAAACUUUAAGAAAUCAAAGAAAAAAAAUAUGUAAAAAGAGAAAAGGAAUGUGACAAUGCAAACUUAACUAACAAAUUAAAGAAAAAAGAAAAAAAAGAAAAGGCAACAGAAAAUGAAAGGAAGGAAAUAUGUCUCAAUGAAAGCCAAGAAAAAUAAAUGUGAAUGAAAUAAAGAAAAGUAAAAAAAACAUAUUAAACAGAUGCAGAACAAUUCAAUGCAAAAAAAAAAAUUGGGUUCGACAGAAAGAAAAAAAAUACUAAGCCUCGUGUGUGUGUGUGUGUGUGUGUGUGUGUGUGUGUGUGUACAAUUAAUCUAUGUGCGCCUUCGUCACUGUACGUACAUGUAAGCAAAAAAAAAAUACCUACACUGUGUAAUGAUGUGUGUGCGGAGAGAGAGAGAGAGAGAGAGAGAGAGAGAGAGAGAGAGAGAGAGAGAGAGAGAAUACGCAUGAAACAGAUAGAACAAGACAUGACCCCCCCCCUUCCCCCCUUCCUGUCCCCUUCCCCUUCCCCUCCCCUCCCUUCUCCCCCUUAUCUCUCCCUUCCAACUGUCCUUCCCCCAUCUAUUCCUCCUCCUCCUCCUCUUCCUCCUCCUCCUCCUCCCUUACUUUAUCUUCCCCUCCCACCAUCACAACAACAACAACAACAACAACAACACCAACAACUAGGCAGCUUACGUUUAUAUAUGAGAAGAAAAAAAAAAGAAAAAAAGAAAAAAAAAGAUGGAAAAGGAUUUAUUAUUGCAGACAUCAUCAUCGUCAUCAUCAUCACCAUCAUUAUCAUUAUUAGGGAAAGAAGAAAUGAGGGAAAAUAAUCAGACUUUUAAAUAAGAAAAAAAAGAUUGAGGAAAAAAAUAAUUGUAAACGUAAUAAAAAAGUAUAAUAAUGAAGAUAUUUAAAGAUCAAGUUCCGUGUGUGUGUGUGUGUGUGUGUGUGUGUGUGUGUGUGUGUGUGU